AUGUCCCCCAACAGUGAUAAUGCCAUGGCUCGAUUCCUUUUUGCCAUCUUGAAGCAAAAAAAUCUCAAGGAUCCAUUCAAGAUUGACUGGAACCAAGUCGCCCAGGAUCCUGUUCUGCUGCAGCCCAUUACGAAUGGACAUGCUGCCAGAAUGAGGUACUCUCGCUUCCGGGCCACCGUCACUGGUCAUGAACCCCAGAAGCGUGGCCGCCAUGGUGAAAAGGAUCGAGUGUCCAAGCCUUCCAAAAGGGACCACGCGUCCAAGAAGGACGCCAUUAUCAAGUCGGAGUCUGGUGUGAGCCUUGCCUCUCUCGCUCAGCAGUACUCUCCGGCCUCGCUGCCAUCUCCAUAUCUGGGUGACAACGAUGACUUGAACGCCCGAUUCCUCACACCCUGUAGCGACGACAUGAUGUCCAUCCGGCCUGCCGUCAUCGAGAAGCGCCGACACCGAGACUCCAACGCCUUCUCCCCCAUGAUGGACAACAACUCGGAUUUCUUCACAGAUUCCGGGAGUCUCACAAACUCACCGGCAUUUUCAGCCUUUGAUGCUGCCUAUGACCUGGGAAGCUAUAGCACCGUAGCUGCCGAUUUCCAAAGCCACGACCCAUCCGACCUCGGUGGUCCUCAGUCGGUGUUGGACUGUGGCCAUGAGUGGAACGAGCGCUUCCAUGACCCCCAGCUUUUUUGA